CCGGUAAACAUGGCCGCUCCCCACACUACGGAGCGCGCUAAGACUACCCUGGCGGGGCUGUUGCUGUUGUCCGUCGGCAGCUUGGCCGCUAGUCACAUCGAGGAUCAAGCAGAACAAUUCUUUAGAAGUGGCCAUACAAACAACUGGGCUGUAUUGGUGUGUACAUCUCGGUUCUGGUUUAACUAUCGGCAUGUUGCAAAUACUCUUUCUGUGUACAGAAGUGUCAAGAGGCUAGGUAUUCCUGACAGUCACAUUGUGCUAAUGCUUGCAGACGACAUGGCGUGCAACCCUAGGAAUCCCAAACCAGCUACGGUGUUCAGUCACAAGAAUAUGGAAUUAAAUGUGUAUGGUGAUGAUGUGGAAGUGGAUUAUAGGAGCUAUGAGGUAACUGUGGAGAAUUUUUUACGUGUAUUAACUGGGAGGAUCCCACCUAGUACUCCACGAUCAAAACGUCUUCUUUCUGAUGAUAGAAGCAAUAUUCUUAUUUAUAUGACAGGACAUGGUGGAAAUGGUUUCUUGAAAUUUCAAGAUUCUGAAGAAAUUACUAACAUAGAACUUGCAGAUGCUUUUGAACAAAUGUGGCAGAAAAGACGCUACAAUGAGCUACUGUUUAUUAUUGAUACUUGUCAAGGAGCAUCCAUGUAUGAGCGAUUUUAUUCUCCUAACAUCAUGGCCCUCGCUAGUAGCCAAGUGGGAGAAGAUUCCCUUUCGCACCAACCAGAUCCUGCAAUUGGAGUCCAUCUUAUGGACAGAUACACAUUUUAUGUCUUAGAAUUUCUGGAAGAAAUUAAUCCAGCUAGCCAAACAAAUAUGAAUGACCUUUUUCAGGUAUGCCCCAAAAGUCUGUGUGUAUCUACGCCUGGACAUCGCACUGAUCUUUUCCAGAGGGAUCCUAGAAAUGUCCUGAUAACGGAUUUCUUUGGAAGUGUGCGGAAAGUUGAAAUUACAACAGAAACAAUUAGCUUGCAGGUAGAUUCAGAAACCACUGUAAACAGAUAUAAGGAAGACCAGGUGGAUGAGGAACUAACAGAACCUCUAAAAUAUGCGGAACAACUUCCUGUAGCUCAGAUCAUACAUCAGAAACCCAAACUGAAAGAUUGGCAUCCUCCUGGUGGUUUUAUUCUGGGAUUGUGGGCGCUUAUUAUCAUGGUUUUCUUCAAAACAUAUGGAGUGAAGCAUAUGAAGUUCAUUUUCUAGACGUGAUUUAUGAAGAAGAUGACACAAAAGACUGCUGCCUUUGGUCUAAGAUCUUUGUCAUUAUGUGUGUUUAUAUAUUGCCCUGUGUGAAUUGACUAAAAAAGUAUAAGGAAACUGUAAACUGUGUGAAGUAGUGAUUUUUUUAACUUAAAGAAAAAUCAUAUUGUAAUUUUAUUGCUUAAUGACACUGAAUAUGUAUCAAUUUUCUUUUCUUUGUAGAAGGCAUAAAGAGACUAGAAUAUAUUGGUUUACCCCUUAUUUAUCCACUUUUCUCUGGAGAAGAAAAAAAAAUGUGAAGACGUUAAAGUCUCACUAGUAAAGGUAACUUCUGUUAGUAUUUUAUGCAUGUUCUCUUUACAUAUAUUUCUCACAAUAGAAACACAGAACAUGACAGUUUGAAAUUUCCUUUUCCAUUUUAUAAGAGAAUCGUAGUUUCUUCAAGCAGUUUCAUAGAGUGCACUGUACACAUGCACAGUGAUUCAUUAAGUGCUCUUCUGCAGUUAAUCACUUGUUCCUAAUAUUUCCCUUUUGUUCCUAUUAAAAGGUAUACUAUCUUACUGCCAGUCACUCGUGGAAGUGUGCAUUCCUAAUUAUAAAUAAGUAUGAAAAUUAGAUUUCGAAGCUGUGGUGCUGACAGUCUCCAGCACCUUUCUGCUGUCAGUUUAUCUGGGAAAUGUAAGGCAUUUGGGAAUUUGAAAUAGUGACUGCUCAACAAAAGCAGCCUCCAUUGUUUUUCAUUUUUAAACAUCAUGUUCUACAAGUUCGCCUCUUCAGUUUCUACUUUGACAAAGACAAGCAAAAGGGAUUUUUAUUUCAUUCUAUUUAAGGUAAUCCUUUCUGAUUAGCUGGCUCUAGACUCUACCUGACAACAACCCUACAGCCUGGGUGACUGAUGGGGAUUUUGUCUUCGUGCCAUGCUUCCAUGUUUGACUGGUGAAUUACCUAAGGGAGGAAACGUCCUUUCGGGUCUUAAGUUGUUUUUUUGCCUACCGGUCAUCUCUGCAUCUUUGGGAUAGCUGGAAAUAGUAUUGCGAUUGUGCUUUGUGAUCAACCCUAGAUACCAUUCUUUCUUUUUAAAACUUUGCAUAUGAGGGGGCACAAAAUGGAAAGUUCAGUGUUGAUAUCCUAAGGGGUCCUUUUAUAUGUUUUAUUCAGAAACGUAUAUGUUAACUGUUACAAAUAUCUUCUUUAUAAGUAUUAGUGUCAUUGAGCUGGCCGCUUCUUUUCCACAAGAAAGCCUCCCAAAUUAAUAUUUAUUAGGAUUUGUGUUUCUUUUCUCACUAAAUAUAUUACCUUUUAAAAUACAUAUAAAAUGGUCAUACUUUCCCAAGUAGAAGAUUGACUAUGCUAGCUCCUAAGUUAGAAGAAAGAAUAUUCGGGCUUUUGCGAGCUCUUGGCCUUUGUUUUGAUUGAUGUUUAUAUUGGUGUGCUGUUUAAAUGAAGAAGGAAAUAUUGUGAUUAUAUAUAGAGAGUGAUCAUUUUGUGCACAGAAAAAGGAGAAAAAAGAAACUUUACAUUUGUAUAGCCUGAUCAUUAUACAGCUUAGCGAUAAAAAGGUUUACCAUAUCACCCUCCAGCUAUACAAAGUUAUGAACAUCAUGGUAGGGCAGAAAUUCUUGGAGUAGUAAAGGACGUAUGAUUGUUCCUUGAGCCAAAGUCAUUUCGUUUGGAUAUAAAGAAACCUAUCGUGAUGGCAAAGACUUCUGGAAAGAAAGAGAUUCCUCCUCACAGGUUGUAGAAGGUGCUCUUCUUAUUAAAACCAAAGUGGGAAAAGUAAUAUUGCAUAUAUUAUACAGGAUCGAUUUUGCCCAGGCAGAGUUUCAGAGGGCAGUUAUUUCUCUCUCUUUCAUUAUCAAAUUUUCAGAAUAUAGUAGUGAAAAAACUAAAAAUAUGUUAAAUGCUUAGCUUGUAACAGUAAUCUUUUUACAUAAAGUUUAUUCUGCCUUCAGUAGUAAAUAUAAGCGAGUAUAUUUAGAAGGAAAGAUGUUAACUAGAAUUAAAUGGUCUGCCUUUUAAAUGAUAACGUAAAAGCACAUUUUUUAAAAUUCCGCUUGUGCCACAAAAGCUGAAAAACAGAGGGGUGUGUAUGGUAUCUCAUAGUGCGGUCUAGAGAUGAGGCAAUGUUGUGACUAAACACUUUGGAAAUUGUAAAUAUAUGGUGGCAUUAUUAUUCUCAUGUCUGCUGAGGAAGAUACCAUGGGGAAAGUUAAUAGUUACAGUGCUCCUCUUUCUGUUUCACUGAUUUACCUUUCUAAGCUUUCCAAUGUGGUUCUUAUUCUCUGCGGUAUUCCCUUUCCUCCCCGGUGUGUCCUUCAGAGGGAAGAGGAGUGCAGAUAAAUGGACCCCAGCAUCUUGUCCUGGCAUUUGGGGGAGGGACAGGGUAUAAUGAUGCCAUCCGACAAAGGCAGUCUGGCUGAACAAAAGAAACCAAAUGAUGUUUGGUUUCAAAAUUUCAAAAGAUGUUCAUUUAGAGUUUUUAAAAGAGAACUAUACUUUGGAUGAAAUGCUAAUUAAAUUGGAUCAAGAGAAAAUAGAAUUAAGUGCAAAAAAUAAUGUAUGGUCUCAAUUUUUACAUAUCCUCAGCUAGUUGAAAAUGAUGAUUCCCACAACAAGCAUAACUCAAUUUGUUUCUGCUUACAGGGAAUAUUCUACUAUGUUAUAUAUUGAUAGCAUUUUUUCCAUUAUGUAUGUUGCGUGGCAGAGUUACAGUUACUGUGGGAAUCAUAAUUUGUAAUUUUGACUUGUGUGUUCCUAGAAUCACUACAACAAAUGUUGCAUUAACAGAACUUUUAUCCAGUUGAUUAUAUGAAAAUUAAGCCCAUCUACAGAAGGUACUGUUUAACUUGUGAAAUAUUGUAUAACUAUACCACAAGGUAUAGCUAUAAAAUAAUAAGACUGGUAACCAUUUUUGCUUUAUGGAAUCAGCCUCUUUACUUCUUCAUCUUAUUUUAUACCCCUGGGCAUUUUCAACAAAGAAAGUAUUCUCCAAUAUUGCUGUUCUGUUGCUGGCAGCUCCACAUGUACCUGUCGGAAAAGUUAACUACCUGCUGCUUAAAGAUGAAAGCUUUUCAAUUAAUGGUCAAUACAUCUUGGUGGUAACCAGUCCUUUUUCUUUUUUUUGAUGCUAAUUGUUUGGAAAUGUGCUAUGAAAUACUGUGUUUACUAACUAUGUAAGCUUUUAAUUAAUAUAGAACCAUUAUAGAUGGAAGUGUAAUCAAGAAACUAGUUAUUAGAAAUGCGUUUGUUUCAGACAUUAAAGGGUGCUCAUGGUCA